UCAACAAUAAUUUGAGUGACUUCUGUGCACCAGUGUGUUUUUCGCCAUCAAAAAUUCACAAUGGAACUUCAAAGUGAACUAAUUCGACCUUCUAGGAAUAAACACCGUUCGAAUGCCGUCACUGCUAUGCGCGUAAUUGAUCGACGAGAAGCGGUGACUGAACUGGAGCAAAAAUUGGCAAAAAGUAAGAAACAGCUAUUACGAGAAGAAGUAACCGCAUUUGAAAAACGAACAGCAAUAGCAGAAAAGAAGGAACAACUGGAGUGCGAAGAACUGCAGAGUUUGCAGCUUUUUCAGACAAACUUGAAAAUUCGUGAAUCUGUUUUAUCGGAUCUGGAAAAUGACGAAGAAGAAUGUCGAAAACUGAGCGAGGAGCAACACCUUCACCUACUCCAGAUGCAACAGCUUGAAGGUGAUCUAACCCAGUUAAUGACUAAGCUUGAGUUCUUGCAAAACUACCAGAACACCAUAUCGGACGUAGAAGGAUUUGAUCGAGUAGUCAGUAAAUUUCAAGAGUUAAAUCAAACUUGGCAAAAUACGGCUACUGAAUAUCAUGAAAUAUUAACCAGCGCAACCAAAUCAACGUUUAGAAAGGGACAUCCAAUGGAGACUGUGAUGCGGACCCUAGAUGAAACAAAUGCUGCCGACGGUCAACGAGCUACGCAUUCACACGAAUCAACGGAUCGCAACAAGACGGCCCGAAACGCACAGUGGCAGACUUGUACGGUGGUAGAAUCGUUCAAACAACACGGCCAUACUUACUUGGCAAUCGUAAAUUUAGCAGCGCACUUGUCGUUUCACCCAAUAGCGAGGACCCUUACGAACGUUGGUGGUUCUAAUCUGCGGGCUGUCAAACCUACCAAAACUCUUUUCGGAAAAAAAGACGAGUUGGAGAGAGUUCCUAGCAUCGAACAAAUCAAUGUGUCAGUACAGAGCAACAAAGAAAGAUGGAGAGCAUUGGCUGCGGCUGCAAUGGGCGAUGGUAGAGGGCAAACUCGGGGCGAAACCGAUGCCUCUGUUUCAUCCGAUAUAGGUCGAGCUGCUGACUCGGUGAGCAUUGAAAUCGAAAACAAAUUGUUGGCUCAUGCUGACGUGUGCAGCGUUUCGUCCAUUUGUCCAAAACAAUCCAUUAUCAACAAAAUUGCUAUUAGCAAACUAAAUUUCAUAGAACAAGUUCUUUACGACUUGACAUUGAUCAAAGAUGAAAUCGAAUUUCACACUGAUCCCUUAUUUUACAAUGAACCCGGGCAUUCGUUUGCCUAAGCAGUGAAAAGGUCUUCCACGUUUUCCUCCAAAAUUAAGUAGGCUAGCGCAGCGCGUUAAAAUCCUUUCCAACCAGGUAUGGAAAAAUGGAUUUUAGAUCGAUUUGUCAGUAGGAUUUAUGCACUCACCUUGUUUACUUUUUUAUGGCGUGUGUCUCUAAUAGCUAAA